UCCAUUGUAACGCAUGAAUGAGUGUAUUGAUCGUAAUGAAGUAUGGCUUAUGGAGGCGAUAGUUUGUUUGUAGGAAACCAUGAAUGAUACAUUCCAUAAUGUACCACACCAGACGUGGUAUUAAUGAGAAGAGACGCCUUGGAUAAGAAUACCUUACCUGGGAAUAAUAGGAUAUACCACAACAAACUCCAUGACGUGGCUUUUUCGUUCAAUGAAAUAGUUCCCGGAAUUUCGAUAACUUUGAAAUUGUGCACACUCAGGAAUUGGACGAAUAAUCUAUCAAGUGGAUUACGAAAUAUUUCGCUUUUGUUGUGUAUUUCGGAUUAUCGUGUAGUCAAACAACCACUAGUGUUUUGAAGAUGGCGUUAACUGUUUUGAUAAUUGUACUACAAGGAAACAACGUGCGUUAUAUGUAACAGUAUCAGUAGUUCUGCUGAAAGUGAUAUAUAGUUAGUGAUAUAAAGUCAAUUCGUGAACCAUGUGUUAGAUGUCAAAAUACACAUUAUUUCAUUAAACCAUUUAUUUGUGAUAUAGCUCAUAAUGGGAAACAUUUGUGGGCGAGGGAACAGGUCUGGUCCAAAAACCAGGACUGUUGUUCCAAACCAUACCCUAGAACCAUCAAUCCAACACCGAGCUAAGGCUCACCCAAACAAGGAUUACCGAGGAAACAGAAUUAAAACCACUAAAUAUACACUGUUGACAUUCUUUCCGAAGAAUAUUUUUGAACAGUUUCAUAGAUUUGCAAAUUUGUAUUUCAUUCUGGUUGUGGCAUUGAACUGGGUUCCACAAAUUCAAGCAUUUGGCAAGGAAAUUGCAAUGGUACCUGUGAUAUUUGUGCUGGCGGUCACCUGUAUUAAAGAUGCAUUUGAAGAUUUUCGUCGUUAUAAGUCUGACCAAAAAAUCAACCAUUCACAUUGUCGAUUAUUUAAAAGUGAUGAAGAUCGAUAUGUAAAGGGGGAAUGGCAAGAUAUUCAUGUUGGAGAUUUUGUCCAUCUUUCCUGUAAUGAAAUAAUACCAGCUGACAUAGUGUUAGUGAAGUCUAGUGACAAUAAUGGAAUCUGUCACAUUGAGACUUGUAACCUGGAUGGAGAAACCAACCUCAAACAACGCCAGGCAGUCUUUGGUAUAGAUUACGGAAAGGAUGGGUUCAAGGCCAAGAAGUUUGACUUUACUUUGGAAUGUGACCUUCCUAACUCCGAAAUCUACAAAUUCAGAGGUUACAUGAAUCGUGACACCAGGCCUAAUGUCAACCAUGGUGAGAAGAUAUCUCUUAACAAGGAUAACUUGUUACUGCGAGGGUGUACCAUCCGUAACACUGACUAUGUGGAAGGCAUUGUGGUGUACGCAGGACAUGACACCAAGGCAAUGUUAAACAACAGAAAUCCUCGCUACAAACGCAGCAAGUUGGAGCGUCACAUCAACAGGGACGUCGUGUGGUGUGUCAUUCUUCUCCUCUUCCUCUGCUUCUUCUGUGCCAUUGCUAGUGGUAUAUGGCUUGGUGGCUACAGCGACCGACACCUCGUACCCUUCAUCCCCUAUGAGAGUGACGAGUGGUACAACCCAUAUUUUCAGGCAUUUGUUGUGUUUUUCACAUACAUCAUCAUUUACCAGACGGUGAUUCCUCUAGCUCUGUAUGUAUCUGUUGAAUUGGUGAAGCUUGGACAGGUCUUCUUCAUCAACAAUGACUUACGUAUGUACUAUGCACCUAUGGACAAGAGGGUUGAGUGUCGUGCCCUCAACAUUACUGAGGACCUGGGGCAAGUCGAGUACAUCUUCUCAGACAAAACAGGCACACUCACUGAAAAUCAGAUGGAAUUCAAAAGUUGUACAAUCAAUGGCAAGGAUUAUCCACAUGCUCCUGAAUCCGAGGAUGACAUGAGUGAGACGGGCAGCAGGUUUUCCUUGGCCAGUAGGUCCAGCACAGUGCCCCCAUCAAUGGUAUCCUCGGUGCUGGAAAACCUGAGUUUGGAGCCGGACCUUCAGAGGGAACUGUCUAAGAUGUGUAUGCGCAGCCUGAACAGUGUGGACCUGACCCUUCCUGAAACACCACCGGUCAUCAAAUUAGAAAACACCAAAAUUAUCCAGGAGUUCUUCCUGCUUAUGGCAAUCUGCAACACAGUUGUUGUGUCGACACAUGCCCACGAGGACUUGAUGGAUGAAAGUGGAAUAAUUCAUGACCCACAUCAACAAAAGCAUGAUAAAGAAAAACAAAAGAUGAAUGAUUUCUACAAAAAGCUUCCAGAGCCCUCGACAAAGAAAUCAAGCCUGUCUCCCCUUGGUCAGGAGAGCUCAACUCCCAAAUCGUUGGCCCUUCCUCCAAUCUCUGGCACAGCUGACUUCCAAAACAGAGAGCUGUUGUACAAUCGAUAUGACAGCUCUAGUCCAGCCCUGACCCCAUCAGAAGGUAGUAUCGCAGGGUCAUCCUUCAUGUCAGACAUGUCCCAGAGGACACAGUAUGAAGCUGAGAGUCCAGAUGAGUUAGCUCUUGUUAAGGCGUCAUGUACCUAUGGCUGCUGUCUCCUAAAGCGAUCACCAGAUAAAGUCACAGUUUGGCUUCCAGCUGAAGGUGAGGUGGAGUUUGAGAUGUUGGAUAUGCUGACCUUUGACUCAACACGAAAGAGAAUGUCUGUGAUUGUACGUAAUCCGGUCAACGGUGAAAUCAUCCUGUACACCAAAGGGGCUGACUCACAGGUUCUCAGCGUGCUUCAUAAGAAAUACAAACAGGACCCAGCACUGAAGGACAUGGUACGCAAAACUGAGGACCAUAUAUUAGCGUAUGCUGUCCGGGGACUGAGAACACUCUGUAUGGCCAAAAAGGUUCUAGAUUUAGACUACUACAAGAAUUGGCGUGUCCGGUUUAAGGAGGCUGAUGCCUCUUUAGAAAAUAGAGAAGAACUGCUCAUUGAUGUGGCCUGUGAAAUAGAACAAGAUCUGGAUCUACUAGGAGCCACCGGGAUAGAAGAUAAGCUUCAAGAUGAAGUACCAGAAACGAUCUCCAAGCUACGGCGAGCUGGUAUCAAAGUGUGGGUACUUACUGGGGACAAACAGGAGACAGCCAUCCAGAUAGCCUACUCCAGCCAACUGUUUGAUACUAACAUGCAUAUUAUGGUGCUGAACGGCAAAGAUAAGGAGACUACGAAGGACUUACUAGAGGAACAUAUUACACAGAUAAAUCGUAACAAAGAGACUAGUCAGGGGGAGGGCAAACCCAAGAAGGAAUACGCCCUCGUCAUUGAUGGACAUACCAUGGCAUAUGCUCUCACAAAAUCAUUGGAAGCCACAUUCCUAAAGUUAACCGUCCGGUGUAAAUCAGUUGUUUGCUGUAGGUCCACACCCAUACAGAAGGGCAUGGUUGUGAAGCUAGUACGUGAUCAUCUCAAGAAGUUGACUUUAGCUAUAGGUGAUGGGGCCAAUGAUGUCAGUAUGAUACACGUAGCAGAUAUUGGUGUUGGUUUGGCGGGUCAGGAGGGCAUGCAGGCUGUGAUGGCAUCAGACUAUGCCAUUUGUCGAUUCCGCCAUCUCCAGGAUCUACUGUUGGUGCACGGCCACUGGUGUUACAGUCGUCUGGCCCGCUUCUCAUCUAUCAUGUUCUACAAGAGUUUGAUCCUGAUUUUUGUACUGUACUGGUACCAAUUCGACAGUGCCUUUUCCGGCUCACUACAAUUUGACAGUUUAUUCACCAUGCUCAAACAUGUAUUGUUCACCGCCCUUCCCCCAAUAGUCAAUGCUGUCAUGGACAAGGACGUGUCUGCGGAAACAUUGCUCAGCAAACCAGAGCUGUAUAAAUUUGGGCCACAGGACAAGUUGUACACUCGGAUGUCCUUCUUCAUGGCCAUGCUGGAUGCCUUGUAUCAAAGUGUUAUCCUCUACUAUGUCAGCUAUCUGGCGUACCUGUAUGAACCUGUUGGUGUCUGGGAGUUUGGUACUACCUCCUUCACAGCUCUUAUUUUAACCUGCCUCCUCACCAUGGCUAUAGACACAGAAUCAUGGGUGUGGCCACAGUGGUUGACUACAGUUUUCAGUUUCCUGGUGUUUUGGUUCUUCGCUAUCCUGUCUAAUGCCGUUUGGUUUACAUUCGACCACCCGGCGAACCCGUACUGGGUGAUGAUACACACCAUGACCAAACCCAUCCACACCCUGGUCGUCCUCCUUUCCACAGUCCUAGCAUUGCUGCCCAGGUUUGUGAUCAGGAUUCUACAGAGGACAAUACGACCAGAUGAAAUAGUGAUAGCUCAGCUGGAGGAGAAGGAGGUCGAAUAUAAAGAGUCUGACAUGGAAAUGCAGGAAAAUGAUAACAUGACAAAUACCACAGAAAUUACAACCGUAGACGGCAGUCUACAAGGCUCCACAUCUUCUCAUAGAAACCAUGACACUGGCAUCAAAUUUAGAAAUGGAAAACUUUCAAAGCCAAGACACUCUAUACCAUCUAACGAUUCCAUUACAUAACCAACCUUUUCUAUCAUAGACUGUAUGUGAAAACCGACUGGAAACAUUUACCUAGUCUUUCAGGAAAAGCACUCGGUGUUUAUUUGUCCCCAUAGACAUAUUUAAUCAUGCAUAUUUUUAUUCCAUUUUACUGUUGAGUGUUUAUAAACAGCUGUAAAAAUAGUGAUUAUUUAAAAAAAAACAAGUGCACAAACCAAUUGUUAUUUUUUUAAUCCAUACCAAUUUUGUGGUAUUGUGCUGUGUAGAAUUUAUUGUGAUAUCUAGAAACCAUUGAAUCGUUGGAAAUAUUAAAAUGUUAGUUGUAGUUCUGAUAUACAAUUGGUUUUCAAAGUGAGUAAAGUUAAUUUAAUAACAUAAUAUGUUGACAAGUUCACAGGUAUUUUUGUGGAACAGCAUGAAUAUUUUAAUGCUAAUAUUUUCCUUACAUGUAUAUAUUUGAGGGGAACACUUUAACUCAUUUCAAGAAUAUUGUAAUAACAUUCCUCUGUAUCAUAUAAAAUAUUCACCCUUGCGGUGUAAAAAUCAUUUAUUUCAGAUCAAUAUGCAUAAUAAUGGUAAGCACCUGUAACACACUGCCUAUCGGUGUGUUUAUGGUGUACUAACACUUAUUCCUACUGCAAAUGACAUUGAAUUGUUAACACUGCAUAAGUUAAGAUUGUACUAGACAUAAAAUAGGGGCCAUGUUGGCUGUAGAUGGGUGUUUAUAAAGUGAGGGAUUUACAGGGGUUGUAUAUAUGUUCUAGUAACAUCAUCUCAGAGAAAAACAUAUACUAGUAACAUCAUCUCAGAAAAAAAUAUAUACUAGUAACAUCAUCUCAGAGAAAAAUAUAUACUAGUAACAUCAUCUCAGAGGAAAAUAUGUACUAGUAACAUCAUCUCAGAAAAAAAUAUAUACUAGUAACAUCAUCUCAGAAAAAAAUAUAUACUAGUAACAUCAUCUCAGAAAAAAAUAUAUGCUAGUAACAUCAUCUCACAGAAAAAUAUAUACUAGUAACAUCAUCUCAGAGGAAAAUAUGUACUAGUAACAACAUCUCAGAAAAAAACAUAUACUAGUAACAUCAUCUCAGAAAAAAAUAUAUACUAGUAACAUCAUCUCAGAGAAAAAUAUAUACUAGUAACAUCAUCUCAGAAAAAAAUAUAUACUAGUAACAUCAUCUCAGAGAAAAAUAUAUACUAGUAACAUCAUCUCAGAGGAAAAUAUGUACUAGUAACAUCAUCUCAGAAAAAAAUAUAUACUAGUAACAUCAUCUCAGAGAAAAAUAUAUACUAGUAACAUCAUCUCAGAGAAAAAUAUAUACUAGUAACAUCAUCUCAGAAAAAAAUAUAUACUAGUAACAUCAUCUCAGAGAAAAAUAUAUACUAGUAACAUCAUCUCAGAGGAAAAUAUGUACUAGUAACAUCAUCUCAGAAAAAAAUAUAUACUAGUAACAUCAUCUCAGAAAAAAAUAUAUACUAGUAACAUCAUCUCAGAGAAAAAUAUAUACUAGUAACAUCAUCUCAGAGGAAAAUAUGUACUAGUAACAUCAUCUCAGAAAAAAAUAUAUACUAGUAACAUCAUCUCAGAGAAAAAUAUAUACUAGUAACAUCAUCUCAGAGAAAAAUAUAUACUAGUAACAUCAUCUCAGAGGAAAAUAUGUACUAGUAACAUCAUCUCAGAAAAAAAUAUAUACUAGUAACAUCAUCUCACAGAAAAAUAUAUACUAGUAACAUCAUCUCAGAGGAAAAUAUGUACUAGUAACAUCAUCUCAGAAAAAAACAUAUACUAGUAACAUCAUCUCAGAAAAAAAUAUAUACUAGUAACAUCAUCUCAGAAAAAAAUAUAUACUAGUAACAUCAUCUCAGAGGAAAAUAUAUACUAGUAACAUCAUCUCAGAAAAAAAUAUAUACUAGUAACAUCAUCUCAGAAAAAAAUAUAUACUAGUAACAUCAUCUCAGAGGAAAAUAUGUACUAGUAACAUCAUCUCAGAAAAAAAUAUAUACUAGUAACAUCAUCUCAGAAAAAAAUAUGUACUAGUAACAUCAUCUCAGAGAAAAUUAUGUCUGAUCAUCGUCUGUGAUAAAGGAUUGUAAUAUGAGUAACACAUAUCCAAUGUUGGAGUGUUUUAUGGACAGCAUUCCGUGUAAUAUGUGAACUAUUUACUGGUGUAGAUUAAACACAUAUAACGGGUAGCACAGCCAGGUGAUGAAGAAAGACUACCACAAUGGUGAUUUUUAAACAAAUCUUAGCUCUUGGUAUUAUGGAUGAAAUUUCCUUUAAUUAAGUAUUAAUAGAGACUUCUAUUAGUCAUAUAGAAAGUAAAACCUAAAUAGAUACAGCAAUCAUGUUCUAUGUGCAAUAUACUGAAGCUUGUAUAUAGGUGACACGUUACAAUACACUAAAGCUGGUUUAUAGGUGACACGUUACAAUACACUAAACCUGGUUUAUAGGUGACACGUUACAAUACACUAAAGCUGGUUUAUAGGUGACACGUUACAAUACACUAAACCUGGUUUAUAGGUGACACGUUACAAUACACUAAACCUGGUUUAUAGGUGACACGUUACAAUACACUAAACCUGGUUUAUAGGUGACACGUUACAAUACACUAAAGCUGGUUUAUAGGUGACACGUUACAAUACACUAAAGCUGGUUUAUAGGUGACACGUUACAAUACACUAAAGCUGGUUUAUAGGUGACACGUUACAAUACACUAAACCUGGUUUAUAGGUGACACGUUACAAUACACUAAAGCUGGUUUAUAGGUGACACGUUACAAUACACUAAACCUGGUUUAUAGGUGACAUGUUACAAUACACUAAAGCUGGUUUAUAGGUGACAGGUUACAAUACACUAAAGCUGGUUUAUAGGUGACACGUUACAAUACACUAAACCUGGUUUAUAGGUGACACGUUACAAUACACUAAACCUGGUUUUUAGGUGACACGUUACAAUACCCUAAAGUUGGUUUAUAGAUGACGGGUUACAGUACACUAAACCUGGUUUAUAGGUGACACGUUACAAUACACUAAACCUGGUUUAUAGGUGACACGUUACAAUACAUUAAAGCUGGUUUAUAGAUGACGGGUUACAGUACACUAAAACUAUUAUUUACUAUUUAACAGGACUGUGUAUACAGGUUUAUCAACAGUCUUUUACCUCCACAUCACUUAGUGUCCUUGUAGUCAUUACUUACCUACGGGUAUAUAAAACGGUGCAGAUUGAAGGGUGUAGCAGGUUGUUUAACCAAGAUUGUAGAAUUAGAUAGGGGUCUUUUUGAUUCCUCAAGACUGUAUGUUGUAUUUUCUAAAACAUUUCUAACUGCCUGUUCCGUGCAGCGUAACUUUUUCUGUCUAUUAGUUGUUAAGUGUUUUAAAUGUGUAUAAUUAUAUGCGAGAUUAGUUUAUUUAUAAAACCACAUAGAAUGGAUGUGUUUAAACAUAUAUUAUUGUUUAUAUGGAAAUCUUAGAGUGUGAUUGGUGUAAUCACAAUAUUGAAAUCUUAGAGUGUGAUUGGUGUAAUCACAAUAUUGAAAUCUUAGAGUGUGAUUGGUGUAAUCACAAUAUUGAAAUCUUAGAGUGUGAUUGGUGUAAUCACAAUAUUGAAAUCUUAGAGUGUGAUUGGUGUAAUCACAAUAUUGAAAUCUUAGAGAGUGUGAUUGGUGUAAUCACAAUAUUGAAAUCUUUGAGUGUGAUUGGUGUAAUCACAAUAUUGAAAUCUGCGACUUAACUUACCUGAUGAAGAUGUUGUUUAUUAAAAGAACCUUUUGUAUGUAAAUCCACCAGAAGUAUUUUGAUUGGAGGAUCUGUUAGUUACAACAGCUAAUUUAAAUGUUUGCUUUAUUAUUGUUUAUGUUUGUGCUUACACCAAUGUAACAUGUUUACAGGAAAGUAUGUUGUCAUGUCAGUUCUGCUUAAAUCCAACUUGAAUGUUCAGAUUUAUAUACCUGGAACCUUCUGAAACAUGUGCCUUUCUUGUUUUGAUUGAUUGUAAUAUCUUUAAAUGUCUGAAUGUGUGUAAAUAUUUAUACAGUUUUGUAAGAAAUCAAUAUGUCUGUUUAUGCUUCCUCCUUUUUUGGUUUUUCAGAUUUUAAUUACUGUUAUUGGUAUAUCUCCAAGUCAAAGAGAAGCAGGAUUGUAGGAACUGCUAAUGUGUUGGCUAUUUAUUUAUUUGUGAAUUUCUGCAAAGAUUUUCCGUUAUUAGGAGAAUUUAGAAAAUUUAAUGUUGAUACAAAUCUACAAACUUGUAGUCUUGUGUUACUGUGAGAUCAGUAUAUCAUUUCAAUGGCUGAGACAUGUACAUGUAUUUUGCUGACAUGGUUGUUUUUUGUUUUUUAAUAGAAUUAGAGCUGAAUAAGUACUGACUGAGUUUUUAACACCAUUAUACAUAAAUUAUCUAAUUGGAGAGUAUUUGAUUUGCUUACAUUGAGAAUAUAUCAUGACAAGAUCUUUUGACAGAUUUAUUUACAAAUCAAAGAAUUCAUACUAAUUCUACAAUCAAAAACAUCACUCUGAACGAGCUCUUCACCAGAUACAACCAUUCAAUCAUUCUCCAUCUGAAGUUUAACUCUAUACCAGAUUUAUCAUUUUAUACGUAUGAGGGGGGAUUACCACCUCCAUAAAUCAUUUAUGUCAGAUUGUUAUUUAGUGUUUUUAUUUCCGUAGUUUGUUUCCGUUUGAUAGAAUUUAUAUAUCAUAAUACAGGACACAAAAGGUUGUACAGUGUGUAUCAAAACUAUUUUUUUCUGCUAUGAAAUCAAUUUCAAAUCAGCUUUGAUUUGAUGGUAAAUAUUGUUUAUGUGACUGAAUUGGUUUUAUCAACAUCGACAUGAUUUAUUUUCCAUUCAGAAAAAAUAACAAGAUAUUUCCCUUUAUGCUAAACCAUUAUUUAUGAAAGUGAAAUAUGAAAAUAAUUAAGAUAACAUUACUUUGUAGGCACUGAUUAAAUGUGUGUAUGUAAAUGCACAAUGUGUUUCUGUAAUAUCUAUAGGGCGUGUCCUAGUGUGAAAGGGCUUCAUGUGAUUGAACAAUAUUCACUGGGAUGUGUUCUGGUAUGAAAGUUUUAAUAUGAUUGGACAAUUCCUAGUGUGAACAAACUAAAUGUGAUUGGACAAUAUUCACAUGGGCGUGGUCCAGUUUGAAAGGGUUAUAAGUAUGAUUGGACAACAUCCACAGGGGUAUGCCCUAGUAGUGUGAAAGGGAAAAAUGUGAUUGGACAACAUCCACAGGGAUUUGACUAAUGUAGCCUGAAUACAUUUUAUUGUGGCAUAGUGUCGAAGGAAUCAGUAUGACAGGAGAGCACCACAUUAGGUUUAAUUAAAUGUUUGAGCUAUGAAUACUGUAUAAGAGACUUUGUGCAGAUAUUUAAAUUGCAUCAUAUAUAACGAUUCAUUUAUAGAUAAAGAAAACAUUAAUUGUCCGAGACUUGUCUGUACAGAUACAUAUAAUCAGUGGUUGUCAGUCUUUUGUAAGGCCAAAAUAUGGUCGGAUAAAAACAAGUUUCUGAUUGGUCACAGUUUGUUCCACUUGAUUUACAUCAAUUGUAGGACACAUCACAUCUAAUUCAAGGGAGGUUACUCUCACUCCACUAAAAUUUGGCAGCAAAAUAUAUCUUGUUUGUGAAAAGUGUUACACAGUUAACUUACCUGGGGUGGAUGUUAUUACACAAUAUAGAACAUGGGUGGGAGGUGACAAACAGGGACCAGCGUACAUAAUGUAUACCAUUCCAAACGCUGUAUCAAUGUGUCAGACUUAGUAAGCUUUCAUAACUGGACGCAAUAUCUUAAUCAUACAGUAUUGAUUUUCACCACAAUUUCAGGUGAGACAUCCUGUAAAACCAUCAACAACAAAUCCACAUCUCUCAUGAAUGUUGUCUACUCCAUCUGUUGUUCCAUCAUUACCCCUUUGUUUUUUCGUCACUUUUUAUUGUCUGAUAACAUUUACUCCAUUAAUCAAAAACAUAUAUAUUUCUAGCUGAAAAAAUGAUUAAUUAUUUAUAUAUAUACAUGUAUAAUUUUUUUAAAUUCUUAAUUAAUGUUUAAUUAUUCAAAUAUCACUUUGUCUGAUCUCUAGCACAGGACAUGUUGAUGAAGUGUGUGUAAUGGUGAUGUUGUCACCGAUGUGUUUGAGCGACUGUCUCGGUACAUUACCCGACUGUGAUAAUCUGUAGUACAUGUAUAUAUAAUCCAUUGUACUCAUCUACUUUCAUUGAACCUGUGUCAAAAUAAAAUCUCAACAUCUAAAA